AGAGAAAAAUGGGAAAUCUUUUCCUAAAAGGAAGUUGCAGGCGCUGAUCAAAAGCUGCAAACCCUAGCCCUAAAAUUCUGACCUUUCCCGCCCCAAUCGCUCUCUCUCUCUUUCCCCUCUCUCUCUUUCGUUCCUUACCUGUCUUAGUGUCGUUCUCUAUUAUCUAAUUUAUCUAAUCUUAUGUUCUAUUCUCGAUUGUUCGGGGGCAACUCUAUCUAAGUGUUUAAAACUACGAAUUCCUUCGUUUCGCAGGUGAAGUACUUUGUCUUUUUUAUUGCUGGGUUCUUUUUCCAAGCAAGUUUGGUUCUUAGAUCUGCAAUACUACGACUUGAGGAAUUUUGGUGGAGUUAGGGUUCUGGGUGAUUUAGUAUCUACUUGCAGAUCUCUGAAGGUAGUAUUGAGUUGGGUCUGGUUGGGUCUCCCCUUCUUAAUUUCUACUGUUAUGUUUUACUGAGGAUUUCGUCGCGUGGGAGUGUUAAGGCGGCGGAGAAUCGAGCUGCCAAUGCCAUUUGUUACGGUUCUGAAGAAUUUUUCGGUGAUUUUUGAGAUACCGGAAAAAGUUGGACCUCAAUGUCUUGGGCAGGCCCGGAAGAUGUCUUCCUUUCCACAUCUCUUGCGAGCUACCUCGACAAGAAACUUCUUGUUUUGCUGCGAGAUGGUCGAAAACUCUUGGGGAUACUUCGCUCUUUUGAUCAAUUUGCCAAUGCUGUUCUUGAAGGUGCUUGUGAGCGGGUGAUUGUUGGUGAUCUCUAUUGUGACAUUCCCUUAGGUCUCUAUGUAAUUCGUGGGGAGAAUGUUGUCUUAAUUGGUGAGCUGGACCUUGAGAGGGAGGAGCUUCCCCCACAUAUGACUCGGGUUUCAGUUGCAGAAAUAAGAAGGGCACAGAAAGCUGAAAGGGAUGCUACAGAUCUUAAAGGCUCCAUGAGAAAAAGGAUGGAGUUCCUUGAUUUGGAUUGAUAAUUAUUGUCACAACAUUUGGUCCACAAUUUUUUGUCCAGCGACUGAAUGUCACCUUUAAAAAAAAAAAAAAAGUCCGCAAAUAUUUUCGCGGUUAGUUGCUGUCAGGGAAUAUAACAAGGGAAGAGGUUGUUCUGCCCCUUUGUUAAUCCGCCGCCAUGAUUUGUUUCUCUGGAAUACUGUCAUUUACCCUCUGCUUUUUGACAAUUCUCAAGAUUAAAUUAACUUGUGAAUGGAUGUAUCAAUUUGUUAUUAA